UACAGGACUGCUGGCUUCUACACCACCCCGAUAGCGCCCGGCCUGCGCUUGGUAUCGCUCAAUAUGAACUUCUGUGCCGUGGAGAAUUUCUGGCUUAUGAUCAAUUUUACGGACCCCGCAGGACAACUGCAGUGGUUGGUGGGGGUCCUGCAGGAGGCCGAGAACAACCACGAGAAGGUGCACAUCAUCGGUCACAUCCCCCCGGGGCACUGCCUGAGGAGCUGGAGCUGGAAUUACUACCGGAUCGUUAACAGGUACGAGGGCACCAUCGCCGCUCAGUUCUUUGGACACACGCACCUGGAUGAGUUUGAGAUCUUCUAUGAUGAGGAGACGUUGUCCCGGCCGCUGUCUGUAGCCUUCAUCGCACCCAGUGUCACCACCUUCAUCGGCCUGAACCCAGGCUUUCGUGUGUACCAAGUGGAUGGUGAGUACCCUGUCAGCUCCCACGUGGUGUUAGACCAUGAGACAUAUAUACUGAACCUGACGGAAGCCAACAAGGAGCCGAACAAGACCCCGACCUGGAGCCUCUUGUACAGCGCACUCAGCACCUAUGGGAUGAAAUCAGCUUAUCCAUCUGACUGGGACGAGCUGGUACAGAGGUUUUUACAGGAUGAUCGACUGUUCCAGACCUUCUGGUUUCUUCACCACAAGGGCCAUGUGGACGAGGUCUGCCAGGAACUCUGUAAGACAAGCCUUCUAUGUGCCCUGCGUACAGGGAGGUCCUAUGACCUGCAGCUGUGCAAAGAUCUGGACCUCCAUGGAAAACCGGCCCAGAAAAGGAAAUCUCUCUGCUGAAUGGUCACUUUAUCCUAGUGAUCUGCUAAAUCCUUUCAGGAACGCCCAGGGUAGAGUCUGUGACCAAACGUCUCCUCUGAUGCCCUGCUCUACAAUGGAGAAUAACAGACGAGGAAAUCUGAAUUAUUAAUUUAUUGCCUUGAGAAAUCUGCUUUAUAAUGGCUGCACAGAAUCGAGCCCUGGAACAUGCUGGACAAGGAGCUGCACUGCGGUGAGGUCUGAGCGUAUCUCAGGAGGCUUCAUGGACAACCUCAGAUUGUGUGGACACAUCAGUGGAGCUCUUAAUAGACUGAGUCUCCAGGGGGAUGGGAUCGCCCCCACACAACACCCAAAAAAUCACCCUCGGGGGGAAUCAUUGUAUUCCAUGCUAAAAAGGAUUAAACACUAUGGAGGAGAUUUAUCAAACUGGUGUGAAGUAGAACUGGUUUAGUCACCCAUAGCAACCAAUCAGAUUGAUCCUUUAAUUUUCCAAAGAAGCUGUCAAAAAUAAAAGGUGGAAUCUGAUUGGUUGCUAUAGGCAACUAAGCCAGUUCUACUUCACACCAGUUUGAUUAACCUCCCCACCACAGUAAUCCGACGCCACCUGCCCAGUACCAGUACAGACACCGACCAGACGACCUGCUCAGCACUGUACAUCUCCAAACCUAGAAGAUCCCUGAAAUCUGGAGUCACCUGCUAAUCAUCUAAGGGUACAAACAGUCACAUCUGCGCACGCCUUAUCUGCCAGCCUGAUCCGGAACAAAUUCCAUGGUUUUGUCGGAGCUUGUUUACCGCUGGGCCCCAUUCUAGUCAAUGUGGAUCCGGUAAUGAACUGUAGAAUCCAGCAAUGUCUGACCCAGCGGAAUCCGGCAGGCUGCCUUACCUGUGAACAUACCCUAACCAAACUUCUACAGACCCCAAACUACCAUUUUCUAUUCCUCCCCCACCCGCAGACACUCUGCACAGGUCCCAGACCCACCCUGUCCUUCUGCAGACACCAACCUGCCCAUUACACCCCCCCUCACCAGCUCAGGCCCCCGCCUGAACCCACCCUCUCCUGCAGACUCCAGCCCACCAAUGCUAAUCCCCCCCACCAGCCAACUGGUCCCAAAACACAUUACAAGUUCUACAGCCUGCUACCUUCUCACCGCGUCCUCCAGCGACCCUCACCCAACAUUCCUCCACACACACACCCCAUGUAAGCAUUUGCACUUUUUGUAAAUGAGGAUCAGUAAAAGCGUCUGUCAGAUUCCUCUCCGAAAAUCUAAUGUCAACAAGGAGCUUCUCACUUCAAAGGUCCUUCACACCAAAAAUAUAACCGUAUCAUAGACUGGACAUAAACAUUACAGCACUGCUGGGCGAGAGCUACACCAUGUCUCCCUAUACACCUGCAUGCUCAGCUCGACCGAGGGUGCAUGUGUUCUCAAUACAGAACAGUCCCCCUUCUAGGCCCCUUUGUUUUUCUCCUGUCCCUCUCCAGACUACUCUGUCUUCUCCAGACCUCUCUGUUCCGUCCAGACCCCUCUGUCCCCCUCCAAACCCUCUGUCCUUCUCCCAGACCCCUCUGUCCUUCUCCCAGACCCCUCUGUCCUUCUCCCAGACCCCUCUGUCCUUCUCCCAGACCCCUCUGUCCUUCUC